CAAACUCAUGUGAUGAACACCUCUCAACCAUUUCCGGGUUUGUAAUUAGAUGCCUGGUACAUAUGGGCGUGUUGUCGAUAACAUUGUGUGCAAAUACAGACACGGAUAUAUAAUCGCCAGUGUGCAGGGAUAAACAGAACUGUUUAUAUAAUCAAAUACGAUCUAACAUGAGAUCUUAAUGGCUAUGUACAAGUGACGUAUGGAACACGGAAGAUAGUUUGGAGCAUCACCCGGGAGUUUAACCCCCAGGUUGACAGGUUGACAGGUUGACAGUGACGGGGAUGGCAACACUAGUGCUCAUCGUUGUCGUCCUGACGUGUGUAGUCGGCGUGAUGUGCGUCGGAGAUGUAGUUGACGUCCCAGAGCAGAGAUGGGACACACUAUUCAGAAGCAAGAGAAACAGACCUGAUAAACGUGGGUUCGACUUGGACGAGAAGAUGGCCAUUGUAGACCUGCACAACCGCUACAGGAGGAAGGUGCGGGCCACGGACAUGACGCUCAUGGUUUGGGACGAGAGCCUGGUCCAGAUGGCCCAGGGAUGGGCAGACAGGUGCGUGUGGGAACAUAGCAAAUCCCGCAAGAACAUUCUACCUCAGUUUGACUAUAUAGGAGAGAACCUAUAUGCUGCAACAGAUCUACCUUCAGCUGAAAAGGCAAUAGGGAACUGGGCGGACGAGGUCAAGUAUUACACGUUUUCCAGCGGAUAUUGCUCAAAAGUCUGUGGUCACUACACCCAGGUGGUUUGGGCGAAGUCCUAUGCUGUGGGAUGCGGCAUCAGGCAUUGCUCUAGCCCACGAGGUCUGGACUGGGAUCAAUAUGGAGGCGGGUAUAUCGUUGUCUGCAACUACGGGCCUGGAGGAAACAUUGUUGGACGUCAACCCUACAAGAGAGGAGGCCCCGCUUGCUCCAAAUGCCCCGAGGGAUUCAAGUAUUGUAUAGACGGACUCUGCAGCAGAACAGAGGUUGCCCCUUUUCCAUCCCCAUCGACAGCGUCACGUCAUCUCCCGUGGUUCCUGUUCAUCGCUACGGCGUUCUUGUCGUUGUGGUUAAACGACUCACACUAGGGGUUAAACAUCAGAGAACAUGUACUUUACAUGGUCAUAUCCAGAACAUGACAUUGCUAGCUAUCCGCUGAUUCACAUAAUGCACUAUAAGUGUGAGUGAGUAUGGUUUUACGCCGCUUUUAGCAAUAUUCCAGCAAUAUCACGGCGGGGGACACCAGAAAUGGGCUUCACACUUCACUAUAAGAAUUAGUCACAAAUCAUAAUGAUGAUGCAGCGCAUAGAGAGACGGAAACAAGUCUAUAUUAUAAUGGUUGCAGAGUGUGAUAUAUUGAUGACCUCUCUGAUUUGAAUGAGCUAUGCCAAAAGACACAGGACAAUGCUUAGAAUCAAUUUCCGAAAGCAAAACGGUCGUAUGACCCAUGGGUAGACCUGCAUAAAAGCACAAAUGUAUCCUUUGAUUAAUAUUUAACAGUUCGAUGUAAAUUGUAUCGGACAUAUAUUGCGUCCUUGGAUAUAAUUUCGAUAUAGAUUACCAAGACACGCCAGACAGCCGGAAUCUCAGGGGUUCUUCCUUCUAUACAGACUUGGAGCAAGGUCAUUCCAUUAGCUUCACUUAAUGGCUGAUACAAUGUCCAUGCAAAGUUAAACUUAACCUCUUAACCUGCUCAUCAAAGGCUUCCAAUGGUUUUGAGAUGUCGUACCUGUCUACGAGUGUAACAAGAUAGCUACUGUUUCAACAUUCCUUAGAACAAAUGUGAUAAUUGCAACGCCACGAAGUCGCAUGGCAUAUUGUCAACAUUUCGUCUUGUUUAAUUUUAAACGCCACACCAGUGCCAUAAAUGAUCUGUUAUACAUUUUAAAAUAAACUUUUUAUAUAAAUUAA